UCUGUGUGCAGCUAUAGCAUAAUAGCACAUUCAGGACAUUCAGGUACCAGAUUCUGGUAAAGAAAAGAAAACAGUUCGUAUAACCGUAUGAAGUAAAGGUAUAUCAUUGUCUGUCGCGCGUGAGUUUGGCAAUCUUACUACUUAAAAUAAAAAAGGUGAGAGAGUAAGUAUGGCAGCGACAGCGAAGGGUAUUUUCGGUCAAGAGUUACAAAAUGCCAUCGCCGGGAGUAAAGUGCUGGUCGUCGGGGCUGGAGGAAUCGGCUGCGAGAUCCUGAAGAAUCUCGCCAUGUCUGGUUUUCCCGAUAUUGAAAUCAUUGACCUCGACACCAUCGACGUGAGCAACCUCAACCGGCAAUUUUUGUUUCGUCGCGAACAUGUGGGCAAGUCAAAGGCAGCCAUCGCUUGUGAAACUGCUUUGAGCUUUAACAGCAACAUAAAAAUUGCUUAUCACCACGACAACAUUAUGCAAUCUGACUAUGGAUUGCAAUACUUUCAACAGUUUACGUUUGUGAUGAAUGCAUUGGAUAAUAGAGCAGCCAGAAAUCAUGUAAACAGAAUGUGCUUGGCGGCAGAUGUUCCUUUGAUUGAAUCAGGCACUGCUGGCUAUGAUGGUCAGGUUGAACUAAUCAAGAAAAGCAUGACCCAGUGUUACGAGUGUAUACCCAAAGUAGCGCAGAAAACAUUUCCAGGUUGCACUAUAAGAAAUACACCUAGCGAACCAAUUCACUGCAUAGUUUGGGCCAAACACUUGUUCAAUCAAUUGUUUGGCGAAGAAGAUCCUGACCAUGAUGUUUCGCCGGAUACAGCUGAUCCAGAGGCAGCAGGGGACACUGCUGGAGAAAGUGCUUUGCAAGCUGAAGUCAAUGACAAAGGAAAUGUCGAAAGAGUCUCAACGAGAUCAUGGGCUCAAAAAUGUAACUACGAUGCAGAAAAAUUAUUCACGAAACUCUUUCACGAUGAUAUCAAGUACCUGCUUAGUAUGGGUAAUUUGUGGAAGAAGCGAAGGGCACCAACACCUUUGAGCUGGAAAAAUUUACCAGAUGAAGUUGCUGGAUGUAGCAAGGAUGAUACCAGUGGGGGGUUAAAAGAUCAGCAACAGUGGAGCGUUGCAAAAUGUGCGGCUAUCUUUGCAGAAUCAAUCAACAAACUAAGUCAAACUCUUGCCGAUAGCAAGAAAUUGAAACAAGAUGAUCAUUUAGUGUGGGACAAAGAUGAUCAAAAUUCCAUGGAUUUUGUUGCUUCUUGCGCAAACAUAAGAGCACACAUUUUUGGCAUACCACCAAAAACAAGAUUCGACAUUAAAUCAAUGGCUGGUAAUAUUAUACCAGCGAUAGCCACGACCAAUGCCAUAAUUGCUGGUGUGGUGGUUUUAUUUGCUUUCCGCGUAUUAUUGAAUAAACUUGAAGAAUGCAAGUCGGUGUACCUUAGACCCAAAAUGAAUCAUAGAAAUCAAUUGUUGGUACCAGAGAAAUGUAUUAAUCCACCAAAUCCAAAGUGCUACGUGUGUGCCAAACAGCCAACAGCUGUUCUUGCUGUGGAUGUAACCAAGAUGACUGUUAAACAAUUUAACGAUAUAGUGUUAAAACAGGGUCUUAACGUAGUUGCUCCAGAUGUGAUGAUUGACGGUAAAGGUGUUGUCGUCAUUAGUAGCGACGACGAUGAAAUGAGCGACAAUGACGACAAAGUUUUGAAAGAAGUUGGCAUCCACAACGGUUGUAUUCUUUCGGUGGAUGAUUUUCUGCAAAAUUAUUCUCUCAAAGUUACGAUCGUUCAUCGAGACAAACCUGCCGUCAACAGCCAAGAGCCCGAAUUCAUCAUCUCAGCGGACGCGGAAGAUCUUAAACCGAAAGAAGAACCCAAACUCGAUGAAGUACCUUCGACUUCGAAUGGUCAAAGGGCAUCUUCUCCUUCAGCGGCAGAGGCAAAGAAACGAAAGACUGAUGCUGCCGAAAAAGACACGCCAAGCAAAAAACGAAAAGUGGAAGAUGAAAAUGUGGUUGAUAGCGACGAUGAUAUCUCUAUCGUCGAGCAGCUCAAGGUUGAAUCGAAUUCCGACUCUCAUUUCGUAUCUCCGUCAAAACAGAAACUUAUCAACAGCCGUGAUGACGACGAUUGCUUUAUUGUUGAAGACGAUCACGAUCUUCUCAUGCAAGUAGCCGAAUAAUUCAACCACCAAGUAUUUUUAAUUAUCAUUAAGAUGCAACAAAAAUAAAACUACUUAAAGUAACGUCAGAUUCAUUUUGGUACAUUAAUGAGAGUAAUGUUGGUUUCCUAUUGUUUUGUAAGUUGAAAAAAAAAGAAAAAAAAAAAAAAAAAAAAAAAAAUCACCAUAU